AUGUACGAAUUCGGAAUUCCAAGUAAGCUUAUUUCCAUGACAAAAGUGUGCAUGAAUGGUACAAAAUAUCAAGUAAGAGUUGACAACGUACUAUCCGAAGAAUUCCAAGUGGUAACAGGCUUGAAACAGGGUGACGCUCUUUCACCACUACUAUUCAAUAUUGCACUGGAGAAAGUCGUACGGAGUAUACAAAGGGAUAACUAUGGUAUCGACAUCGACACAAACAAGAUUGGUAUUUUAGGUUUCACUGAUGAUUUGAAUAUAGUUGGUGAUGAUGGGAAGAGUGUGGCGCAGAGCACCACAACCCUCAUUAACGAAGCAAAAACCAUAGGGCUGAAUGUAAAUGAUAAUAAAACCAAAGUGAUGGAGCUAUUACCAGAAAACAACCAUGUCGACAAUAUAGUGAUUCAAGGGCAUACAUUUGAAAAAGUGCAUCAAUUUACAUAUCUGGGGGCCUCUAUCAGUGGUAUUAAAUAGCCGAAUCAUCAAGGCAGAAAAGGCAUCAUUUUCGUUAACCAAAUACCUAAAAUCUAAACUGUUUUCUAGAAGAACCAAAGUACAUCUUUUUUACACGACGAUAAUUAGACCAACGCUAACAUAUGGGUGUGAAGUAUGGCCUUUAACAUUCAAAAUGGAACAAAAACUUAUGUCGUUCGAAAACAAAAUACUAAGAAUUAUCUGUGGCCCAGUAUAUGACAACGACCUGGGGUGCUGGCGCAGAAGAACGAACAAAGAGACUCGAGAUUUGACAGGAGUACAAAGAAUAACCAACUUUGUAAAAACACAAAGAAUAAAAUGGUUUGGGCACGUGAUGAGAAGGUCAAACUCAGAUUACCUUAAGGCGGCGGUCGAAUGGAAACCCACAGGGAAGAGACCGAGAGGACGUCCAAAGAAGCGAUGA